UCUGGCCAGAAUCAGCUCAUAGCGUAUCUUCCUGCUACCCUGUUUCUGCGCGUAUCGCAACUCGUUCUGCUGUCGGUCUCACGUCUAUGUCUCACUGGCUAGAAGUCCUGUUAGAUCGUCAAGACUCGAUGAGAGAUCCAGUCGCUCGGGCAAAUUUCUAGUUAGAAAGGAAUGGCGUACCGACCGUUAGCGUGCAGCUCGAAGCCGGCUUCGUUUUACACGGAGCGAUUCACGCACCGAGGAAACCCCACCUUCUCCACCUUCAUACAAUCCAUCUUCGAGUCAUCGCAACCGUCGAUCCUCUGCAGAUUUACGCAAUCCAGUCUAGAGCCGUCUCAACCCUCGAUCGGAAUCCCAACCUUUUGCAGAUUCAUGCAAUCCAGUCUCGAGUCGUUUCAAUUGUUUGGGUCGUUUGAGCCGUCGCGAAAUUCAGCAGUAUGGAAUGCAGCGGGACUGCUGAAUUCCAUGCAGCCCAGCUCGUCACCCUUCAUGCAGGGUCGCUGCCUCACGCCGAGGAAACCAAGAGCUAGGCAGAUCCAGACGACGACUCGGCGAUACCAGGCGACACGUCGGCGGUCUAACCGGGCGACGACUACAUGGUUACAUUCUUCAGCGCUGUUGGUCCUAGUAGCGUUGGCUCUAUGUGUUUUCUGUCAGCCAGUAGGCGCUUCCAGAACGACUUUCCAAAAGCCGCCUGGAGAUGGUCAAAAUCUGCCAGUCUCACUAAACGUAGCGGACAGGCGUGCACUCUCCGUUCAAACCCUAACGCCGCCUCCCAGUAGAAUUCCUCCUCGUCCAGUUUCUCCCCCUGUAGCACCGUCCCCUGUAGAUAAAUCGGAUCCGGACUAUGACGAGGACUACUAUAACGAAUCCGGGCCCGAAGACGUGGUUUGGGUCGGCAACAUAUCUCCAGGGAGUAAAAGUAGCCCGCUGCCCGACGACAAAAUGUUUUUGAAGCGGGACAGGCGGUCAACGACGACUGGGACUUCAGCGACGGGCAGCGAUAACGUUAUUGCUGCCCGCAGGCUGAAGGUUCUCUACCCCAAGGGGGCUCAGGGGAAGUCGAAGAAGGGGAAGCAGGUGGUGCGGAUUUACUUCGAAGUGCGCAAGAUCGUGGGAAACGAGACCUGCCGAGAUUGCCUCGUGUCGUGCGCGCUGGACCAAUGGAUGAUCCCGUGCGACACGUGGCGAGUGCGGCUCGACGACGUGAAGGAUGGUUACCACCGUUUCGACGUCGUCGCACAGGACAGGAGCGGGCAGGCGAGCGGAUGGGGCAUUCUGGACUUCGUCGUGGGGGCGCCGGGGGGAGUGGAGGCGGGAUCAGUGGCAGCGGCACCCAUCAAGCCCAAUAUGACCUUCACUAAGAUCACGCAGCAGAGCAACCGCUCGCACGUCACUGUCUAUUUCAACCGGCCCUGCCCUGCCUUCCGCUGCAACACGCUCCACUGUUCGCUGAGAGUGAAGGAGAACGGAACCAUUGACUUUGCCACUUUUCAGCAAGUGCGCUGGGGGCUGGAGUACAAGGUGGACGUCGUUCCCACUGCGCUCACGGGGCGGGCUGUCGUGCGCGUCAGAGAGGACGCGUGUGGUAACCGCACGUACGUGCAGCAGGGCAACAACACCGUGAUACGCAUCAGAUACGACCUGCGCAAUUUCAAGGUGGCUCUGCUCUCCUCCAUGGCCCCUGUCGACAUUCGCUCCCUUGAAUCGCGCUAUGGCGACCAGCUGGCCUCCUGGAUUGAUGGUGGCAGCAGCAGCGGCGGCGGCAGCAGCAGCAGCAGCAGCGGCAGUAACAGAUAUGAAGCCCACUUUGCAGACUCCAGCGCCUGUUCCCCUGUGGUUCUUGCAGUGAAUAGGAGCACUAGUGUCGGCGGUAUUGGUACUAAGGGUGGUGGCAUCACCAGUGGAAACAGAGGGGGCAGCAUCAAGCUGAGUGCUGGUGGUAGCGGGGUAGGGGUGCUUGGUACGGCCGGCAACAUCACAGCUGGCAACAGCAGCAGCAGCAUCACCAGCAGCAGCAGCACUCGUGUCAUCGUCAACGCCCUGGAAGCCCUGGCCAACAGCACUGACCUGAUCCUCGUGCCAUCCUGCCACCAGCUCUUUUCCUCCAACCGCCCCUUCGACCUCGUCUUCUACAUGGUGCUCUCCACGCGCAUCCCCUCCGUCCCCCCGCCCCUUCCCAGUGCGGUUGUGACGUCUGAGUCCGCUGCCAGGGAUGUGCAAUCGGAUGCUGAUGCGGACAGGGAGGCGGACGUGCCGCUGGAUUUCGAGGCUGCGGGAGGGAGAGGGGGGGUUUCAAGAGCGGCACUGGGCUUUAACGACCCGGGGAAAGCGAGGGGCGCAGGAGGGACAGAGGAAGCUCCUGACGCCACGAGCUCCGCCUCCUCGCUCAAGCAGCGCCUGCUCAACUCCCUCAACGUCACCGGGGGCUACCCGGUGGUGCUGGCGAGGCUGUCAGGCCGGCUGUUCAAGUUCAGGGUGGUGCCAUUCGUUAACCCCGGUAUAAUCACGGUGACUGUCAAGCCAGACACCCUCGUUAGUGUGCACGGCAAUCUCAACCAGCAGUCCAACACCGCAGCCAUCAUCUUUGGCACCCAGCCCGCCAGCAUGCAGCUGUCGCUCAUCCAGCACCACGAGCCAUACAGCAAGGGCCUGGGGUCUGGGGUUAUACUCUGGCCGCCUCACAGCAACUCCCCUGCUGACCCAUCCUCGCUAUUAGCAUCUCCAUCAUCGCCACCAUCGUCGUCGUUGCUGCCAUCAGCAUCAUCCUACAAUCUAUCGUACUCACCAGCAGCAGCAGCAGCAGUACCAGUGGCACCCGCAGCAACAGCAGCAACAGCACUGGGGGCAGCAGCACCAUCACCAGCAGCAGCAUCGUACGAUGUGGCGCUCACAGAACUGAACCUUCUGAUCAAUGCUUCGGCCCCUGUGUCGAGCAUCCAGCAAGGGACGAUCGUGGUGAAUGGGAGCGACGGUGCUACUGUGGAGUGGGUGCAGCGAAUCAGCCCAGCAGCCUUCAUUGCCCGCAUCACCCUGCCCCAGUCACCACCUCCCCCUGUUGCCCUGUCCGUCUCUCUGCUUGCUGGCGCGGCCACCACCCCCUGGGGAACCACCUCCCUGGCUUCCAACACGAUCCACAUCAACUAUUCGCCCUCGUCCACGCCCACCAUCGUCGCCACCACCAUCACCGUCACCACUGUCACUGCUUCCGCGCUCUCGGUGCUCUACUCGCUCUCCUCCUCCGCCCUCACCACCCACGGCCUUCUUCCCAGCAUGCACGGGCGCUUACCACUCUCACCUUCCAGGAAUCUCCUGGUGAGUGCCGUGUCAUCUGCACCUGCUGUCAUCCCUGCAGGUCUUUGCCUUCGCCUCCUGGCUGAGAGUCGACCUCCCGCUCACCUUCCUGGAAACAGCGCAGCAGCUCUGGUGGGUGCUGCCUCAUGGCCCCCUGCCCUGGGAGGGGCGGCAGGAACUGCAACUGUAGCAGGGGCAGCAGGGGCAGUAGGGGCAGCAGGGGCAGCAGCAGCAUCAGGAGUGCAAGGGGUCGAAGUAGGAGCAGCACCAAGAGCCGGAGGAAAAACGGCUACACCAGCCACAGCAGCUGCUACAGCAAGAGCAGCGGCAGCAGCAAGAGCAGUGGCAGCAGCAAAAGCAGUGGCAGCAGCAAAGGCAGCGGCAGCAGCAAAGGCAGCGGCAGCAGCAAAAGCAGCUGCUAUGACCAGAACAGCAGCAGAAGCAGCAGCAGCAAAUACUAAAGCAGCAGCCAGGGCUACAGCAGCAGCAGGGGAGUUGCCAGCGCCAAAUGAAUUUGGCCCGAUUGCCGCUGCACCAGAGGCAGUGAUGGGAGACGGGGAGAGAGGCGUGGGCGUGAGUGGGGCUGCUGGAGUGGAGAGACAGCUCAGGGAGAGAGGAGGGAGGUUAAUGAGGGAGGGAGGCCUCCUGCCGAGGGGGAUGGGAGGAGGGGAUAGCGGAGAGAGUGAGAAGGAGCAAGUUGGAGAGGGCAGACGGGUGCAGCAUGCGAGCAAUGACGGUAGCCAUGGCGGUGGUAAUGGCGGCGGUGAUGGUGGUGAUGGUGAUGGUGAUUACGACCCCAGCCACACUGCUGACCCCAGCCGCACAGCUGACCCCAGGCCCUACCCGUCCAGGUCUCUCAAGCGGGAGAAGCUGUCAUGGCCCAUGCGGCGGCUCCUUGUCUUCUCUGCUGACCCCGCUACCCCAGCAAACCCUUCCAGCCCAGCGAACCCCUCUAGCCCGUACACUGGCCCUAACUCUAACCCUAACCCUAGUGCUGAGUUGAGUGCUGACAUUAACAGUAGGAGUAGCAGUGACAGCAGCAGCAGCUAUAGCAGUAGCGGUGGCAGCAUCAGUGGCAGCAUCGGAUCUAGCAGCGCUGUUGGUGGCGGUGUCAGUGGCAGAGUCAGCUCGAGCACUGCCGCAGCUGCCACAGCUGCUACAGCUGCCACAGUUGCCACAGCUACCAGAGCUGCUACAGCUGCCACAGCUGCCACAGCUACCAGAGCUGCUACAACUGCCACAGCUGCCACAGCUACCAGAGCUGCUACAACUGCCACAUCGGCUACAGCUGCUGCAGCUGCCACAGCUGCCACAGGUGCUAGCAGCGCUACAGAGGCACCUGCAGUUACGGGGAAUUAUGAAUCUGCCGGAACAACCUGGCGCCCAGAGUCUGAGCUGCUUCUCCAGCAGAAGGUGCUCUCGCAGAUGUCGUACCCAUCCGCCUCCCAUGUCGCUGUCAGCAUCGCGUGUGGCACUCUCCUCUGGUCCUUCAUUCUCCUCGCCUCCACCCUCCUGCUCCACGCCCUCGCCUACCUCCUCCUCUUCCUCUCCUCCCGCACUGCCAUCAAAGCUGCUGCUGCAUCUGCAGCGGUAGGAGGAGGAGCAGGAGCAGGAGUGGGGAAGUUACCAGCAGGGUGGGAAACCACAGCAGCAGGAGUGGGAGGAGGAGCAGGGUUCAUAGGAGGGGGAGGAGGAGCAGGGGGGGAGACGAGGGUGAGGUUGCCGUGGGAGGUGGGCCAUCUGCUCAACUGGCCGCGCCCGCUGCUCUUCGUGCUGCUGCUGUGCCUGCCUGCCCUGUGCCACGCGCUCACCCUCCUGUGUGCCGGUUGGGCAGGCCUCCCGUUCGUGGCAGUGCUAGUCGUUGUUGCGAACAUCCCCGUCCUUCUCACGUUCUUUCUCCGCAACAUUGCGUGCAAGAGGAAAUCUGUGAUCUAUCAGCUGCCUUCAUCCAGCUCAGCCCAUGGCACGUGGCACAUUACAGAUCCUGCCACGUGUCCAGGUUUCAUUGGCCAAUGGGGGCUGCUCUUUGAGACCCGCUGGGGUGGUAACCGCACCGGAGGAGCAGUCAUGACCCAAACCACGACCUUAGGUUCGGGGCGAACCAGCGGCUCAGCAAUAGGCUCGGCUUUUGACCGAACCAAUGGUUUAGGUUCGGGCCGAAUCAACGGCUCACCCUUGGGGUCAGCUUUUGCCCGAAGCAGCUUUUCUGGCAGGGCGGCGGCGGUGCAUCCCAUUGUGGUGGAGGGUGGGGGAGGAGGAGGAGGGAGUGCGCAUGGGUACCAGAUUAGCAGCACGAGGGGAGGGAGGUAUGGAGGAGGAGGGGAGUGGUGGAACGUGGACGACUCAUUUACACAUGGGCGUGGGUACGCACAUGCAGAUGCAGAUGCAGCGCACGGGCAUGGGACAGACAACGACUCUGCCAUGGGAAAAAUGCGUCGCUGGUGUGGGUGGGCAUCUGGGUGCAUGGGGCUGGCGCACGUGCCUCUCGACCUCUCCCUCCGCUGCUCGCUGGCUGUGGUUGUAGCGAGCUACAGCUGGAUGGCCGACACUGCCAGCUCAGCAGACGCUGCCAGCUCAGCAAGUGCCAGCUCAGCAGCAGCAGGAGACGCGCGUGCGCAGUGCAUUGUCCUGCUCACCCUCUCCUGCCUCCACUUCCUCUACCUCGCCCUCGCCCGCCCCUACAUCAGCGCCUCCCUCCUACUCUCAGACCUCCUCGCCUCCGCCUCCCACGUCUCCCUCUUCUCUGUCUGCCUAGCGAUUGCCACUGGAGCGAUCGCCCCCUCUGCAGCAGGCGCAGCUGGGUCGGGCCUGCUGGCGCUGCUGCUGGUGUCUUUUCUGGGGCAGUUGCUGUGUUUCGUGAGGGCGUUAAGCAAGGACGCGUGUGGGAUUGGGUUUGUGUACUAUGACGGGAUUGGGGGAUUUCUGGGUGGAGUCUCCCUGCUAGCCUAUGGUCUCAUGCUCUUCUUUCUAGGUCCUUUUGGAUUCGGAUCCCGUAGAUUUGAUACGGAAUCUAGAGAUCUGGGCGGGGACUCAGGGAGCCAAUCAGGGUGGAGGAAAGCGUGGGGGGGCGGGAGGAAGGGGGGAGGGGGGAUGGGGUCAAGAUACCACAUGGAUAGGCGGAGUGAGCUGGGGGGGUCUCCAGAGGCGCCGUUUCCGGUGAAAGGGGGCUCUAGGGGGAGCAGCAGAGGCAGGCCUGGGAGCCAAAGCAGCAGUGAGAACAAUAGUAGUGGUGGUGGUGCUGGCGGUGGCAGAGGGGCUUCUAAUGGCCCAACUUAUAACGAGUACGCUUCCUCGAACCGGGUGACGGAUUCCGAGCCCAGACCGGUCCGAUCAGGGGCGUCUCAGUUUGAAUCAGCAGGGCAAGCAAGUGGGGGGGGCGGAACCUCAGGGGGGGGAAGGAUACUGGGGGAUUCUAUGGCGUCUGGGGGGAGGGGGAGGGGGGAAUCAGGCGGAAGGGGGGAGGCGGGGGAGCCAGGGGGGUAUGGAACGGAUGAGGGGGAGGAGUGGCGGAACUCCCCCCGGAUGCUCAUGCAGCUGCUGCCCAUGCUGGCGCCCUCGUGGGCUAAAGAAGGUGGGGGGAGAGAAGGGGUAGGAGGAGGGGGAGGGGGAGGGGCGUCAACAGAAGGUGUAAGUGCUGCUGCUGCUGCUGUUCCUGCUAGCGCUGGUACGGCUGGUGGUGCCGGUGCUGGGGUGCUGGGCGCGGUGUUUGGAGCAGGGGCGGCUGCAGCUUCGCUGGGGGUCGGUGCUGUCACUGCAGCAGCAGCGGCUGUUACCGCUGGUGGUGGUGGUAGGAAUAGGACACAUACUGACAACACAAAGGUGAGGGGCAGGCCCCACCUGCUGAGCCCGAGAACGUGGGGGAGGAAAGGAAAGCAGGAGAAGGAGAACUGGGGGAGGGAAGGGCAGUCGGAUAUGGCAGGAGCGGCAAAUACUAUGGCUUCUCCUGCAUCUCCUGCUUCCCCUGCUGCUGGCACCGGUGCUCUAAGCCCUCUUUCCCCUCGACGAAUCUCCCCGCUCCCUGUGCUGUGUGGUAACCAGAAUGGGGCACUUGCUGCUGCUGCGAUCGCCAGUAAUGGCGUAACAUCAGCGUCCGCUGGCCCGUCCACUACUCUGCCAAGUGAAUCUUGGUCCUCUCUCUCCUCUUUCUCCUCUAGUGAGCGCUCGGCCAGUGCUGCUGCUGCAGCAGCUGCGCUGAUGCAAGGUGUGGGAGGGAGGAGAGGGAAGGGAGAGAGGGGAGGGGGAGGAGGAGGAGGGGAGGAUUUGUUUGGGGGGUUAAGGGCGAGGGUAGAGUAUUUGAGAAGCAGGAGAUUGCAGGAGUUGGGAAGGGGGGGUGGGGGAGAGGAGAGGGAGGGGGCGAGGGGAGGAGGUGGAAGAGAUGCAAGGAGAGAGGGUAACAGGAGCAGAAGUGGCAGGGAGGAGAGGAGGAGGGGGAAAGAACUGGGAAAGGAGAGGAUGCAGGAGCAUGAGGACGAGGAGGAGGAGGAGCAGGAGAGAGGGGUAGAAGUGGUUGUAGACACGGAAAUGAACAUGAGCUGGGCGUCUAGUGUGGGCUCUGGUGGGGGGCCGGAGUGGAUUAGUGAAAUGAAGGGGCGGGGAGGGGGGAAGUGGAGGAAGGGGAGGGGUGUGAGUAGAGGGGGAGGAGGGGGGGAGGGGGAGGAAGGGACGAUGGGGUCGGCUGCAUGGUCGGGGAUAGGCGGGGUGAGAGUGGAUAGCAUGGGGUUUAGGGUUGAUAGUGUCAAGUCCGUUCAGAAACCUCUGCGUAAUGCUACUCCUGAGGUUGCUGCUGGCACUGCUGGUGCUGGUGCUGGUGCUGGUGGUGCUGGUGUUGGUGCAGCAGCAGCAGGAGCAGGUGACCUGGGUCGGUCUGUCGUUGCCAGUUGCAGCAUCGGUCCUGAUAGCACCCCCACUCUUCUCACCCCCACCGCUCUCACUCCCACCACUCACACCCCCACCACGCCACCCCCGCACCAUCGCACCCACAGCAUCACCUGCCACAAAUCCCUAGAAGCUGAAGACGACGUCGAUCCUGAUGCCUCCCCAUUCGCAUCGCCCUCCCCCUCCCUCUCCCCCUCCCCCUCGCCCGACCCUAGAAGGCCCUACCGCCUGCCCUCCCUUUCUGAAGCGCCUCAGAGCGCCUCUCCUGACCCCCGUCGGCCCUAUACCCCACAGCCCAGAGCGGUGAAGAGCGGUUACGCGUGGUCCAGCAGGCAUGCAGCGUAUGGGACGGACACGGACGUUUCUAGAGAGGCGUCUGAAGCCACCCCGCCUGCUUUUGGUGCUCCUGCUACAGCUACAGCGGCUGUGGCUGCUGCUGUUGCCAGAGGUGGUGGUGCUGUUAAAGCACCUGACGCUGCUGCUGCUACUGCUGCUGCAAAGGGAGCUGCAAAGGGAGCUGCAAAGGGAGCUGCUCUGCCUGCCACUCACCCCAAGCCGUACCGGCCCGCCACUGCAGCAGCCUCCUCCUUUCACCCCUCCUCCUCUCACCCCUCCUCCCACUCCCUCUCUCACUCCCUCACUCACUCCCUCUCUGCCUCCUCCCAGGCGUCCAGUGCUACAGCUGCCGUCCCUGCCACUCCCACCGCCCUCACCGUAGAUGCGGCUGUAGCAGCCAUGGCGGCUGCAGCAGGGGGGGACCCCGUGCUACAGCCGCCGCUACAGCCGGGGCUAUGGAGCAUGGUGGCAGGCGCUGCUGGAUCCAUCAUGGGAAGCUUCUGGGGUGGUUCGCCAGGGGAAGGGCCAGAGGUGGCGGAUGGUGGGGAGGGGAAGGGAGGGAGGGAUGAGGAGAGGGGGAGGGGGAUGGAGAUGGAUGGUUCGAUCUCACAACUGGACGGUUCUCUAUCGCAACUGGAGGGGUCUCUCUCUCAAAUGGAUGGCUCUAUGUCACAGGCCCUCACGCCCUUAUCGUCUAUCUCUACCCCGCCUUCCCUCUCCUCCCCCUCCACCUCUCUCUCUCACCCUUCAGAGCUCUCAGGGCACUCAGGGCUCUCAGGGCUCUCAGGGGCUCUCCCCGAUGGGAAAGAGCAGCAGGCAGUAUCUCGCAGCAUCACCCCCCUCACCCCCCUCUCCUCCCUCACGCCUGCCUCCUCCCUAUCCCCUCUCUCCUCCGCCGCCCCCCUCUCGUCCCUCUCCUCGCCCCAAUCGAGCUGCGCCACGUCAUCAUCAGGCUCGGGUGUAGCGAGGAAGAAGCACGUUUCAGGCGCAGUGGUAGAGCCAAGAAAGGCAGUGAGUGAGGUGGAGGCCUUGGCCCUACCCCCCAACAAAGCUGGCUCGUUUGGGAUGAAGGAAGGAUGGGGUGAGCCAGGGGGGGUUGGUCAAGAAAGGGCCUCUUUUGAGGCGCCUCAGAGAUUAGACCCUCAAAGAGGAGGUGGCCACGUGGGGAAGGUUGGAGGAGAAGGGGAGAGAGGGAGAGGAGCGGGAGGAGAAGGGGAGAUAGGGAGAGGAGCGGGAGGAGAAGGGGAGCGAGGGAGAGGAGGGGCUCUGAGUAGGUGGAUGCAUGCGAAGAGACAGGUGGCUGCAGGGAGGCAUGCGGCGGUUUCUGUGGCAGCAGCAGCAGCAGCAGCAGAGAGGGUGAAACCAGCAGCUGUAGUAGCAACAGGGAGGGUAAAGCCGGCUGUAGCAGGAGACGAGAGGGUAAAGCCGGCCGUAGCAGCAGCCGAGAGGGUAAAGCCGGCUGUAGCAGCAGCCGAGAGGGUAAAGCCGGCUGUAGCAGCAGCCGAGAGUGUGAAGCCGGCUGCAGCAGCAGUGACAGCAAAAGCUGCAGCCGCAGCAGAAAGAACAAAGCCUUUUGUUGCGGCAGCAGCAGCAGCAGCAGCAGGAGCAGCAGCAGAACGGCCAACUCUAGAAGCAGCAGCAGAACGGCCAACUCUAGAAGCAGCAGCAGAGAAAAGAGCAGCAGCACAGGCCCGAUCGCCUGUUGUUGUUCGGCAUGCGAUGAUGGAUGCUGGAGGAACCUACUAUGGGCUAGACGCACACAGGAGAACAGAGAGACGGGUAGAGAGAGCAGAAGGGAGAGGGGAAGAGAGGGGAGCAGAGAGAGAGGCGGAUAGGGGAGCAGAGAGAGGAGCAGAGGGCGUGGCAGCAGCUGCUGGAGGAACGUCCACAGGAUUGGAGGCAGGCCGGGGAGCACCCUACUCAAACCGCCCAAAUCAGUACUCAAGCCACCCAAAUGAAGACUUGAGCCGCCCAAAUCAGGUCUCCAGCCACCCAAGCCACAAUCUAGCUGGCCAGCCUAUGGCAGACCAAGACCGCAUGGAGAUAGAGACAAUAUCCGAGACCUCCCCGAUUUCCGAGUCCACGCUGUCGGUUACCCCGUCUCCCUCUCAGUCGAACUCCUACUCCCACGGCCACUCCAGGUCGGGCCUCCGCCUGAGAUCCUGGUCCAAGUCGAGGUCGCGCUCCCAGGCGCACUCAGGUGCUUUUUCAGGUGCCCAGUCAGAUGCUCGUGCGGGGUCGGGCUCCAGCGGGCAGCUGAACGGGCAGGUUAACGGGCAGGCGGGUACAUUUUCAAGGUCGCAGGGUGGUUCUUGUGGCGAUGACCUGGCAGCUGGGAGAGGGUCCUCGCAUGGUAGAGGCUCGUCGGCUGCUGCUUCUGUUGGUAGAGGCUCGUCGGCUGCUGCUUCUGUUGGUAGAGGCUCGUCGGCUGCUGCUUCUAAUGGUCCCGCAGCUUCAAACGGCGUGGCUCCUUCAAACCCUUCCCAUCGAUACGGCCCCGUGGACUCACUUUCUGAUUCAUUCGCCUCCUCCUUUACCACCUCAAUAGAGCCCACCCCAAUACAGUCACUUUCCCCGCUGUCAACUUCGCUGCUGUCCCCGUCUGCAAUAUCUGGGUCGCUUUCUGGGUCGGAAGGAGGGAGCUUGAACAUUGUAAGGAGCGAGCUUGAAAGGAGGAUAAGAGAAACCAGCAGAGCGCUGGAGACUGAGGGGAAGGCGGAGGGGAAGGGCGGGGAGUGCGAGUGGGGGGGGAGUGGAGGUGUGGGAGUGAGGCGUUGGGAGAGAGGAGGGAAGGAGGAGGAGGGGGAGAGGGUGGAUAAAGAGAAGGAGGAUGAGGAGGUGGAGGAAGAGGGGGAGAAGGAGGAGAGGUAUGAGGAGGAGAGGGAGGAGAGGGAAGAGAGUCCGCUGCGGAGAAUGCCCUUGUGGAGGGAUGAGAUGGAUGAGAACACCGCGACUUCCCCUCCGACCAAGGAGGGUGGAACGAGGAGGGAGGAAGGGAAUCCCCCUCUGAUGGCGGAUGGGAUAGGAAGAGAUUUUGGGAAUGGCAGAAGUGCCGCUGGUACAGGUUUUGCUGGUUCAGGUGUUGCUGGUACAGAUGUUGCUGUUACAGGUGUUGCUGGUACAGGUGUUGCUGAUGCAGGUGCUGCAGCUGUUGAUUUUGGUCCUGCUGCAGCGUCUGCUGCUGCAUUUGGGGGAGGAAUGGCAGCAGCAACCGCAGCAGCAGCAAGAGUGUCUGCCUUGGUUGGCAGAUCACCAGCUUCUGUCGCAUAUGGCAAAGCAGGUCCGGCUUAUGGCAGGGCCUGUGCAACUCAUGGCACGGCUGGGGAAGCAGCUGUCACCCCCGCCGCUGCAGCCGAUGCAGCUUCUCUCGCACGGGCUGCUGCUGCAGCGGCCAGAGCAGCAGCUGCAGAGGUGGCAGCGGGAGGGGGGAUGCGUGGAGGGGAGAAGAGUGGAGCGGGUCAGACUGCGGCGCAGGCAGCCAACAGACAUCAAAUGGUCGGGUCAGAGAAGGACCGUCCCAAGGGAGGUUCGGCAAGGCACAGCUCUGGCGACUCUGGUUCGGGAGGCUUUGGUUCGGGAAGCUCUGGUUCGGGGCGAGCAGGAGAAGAGAGGAUGUGGCAGAAGGAGGGUAGCCUGAGUGGGGUGGCGGCAGGAGCAGCAUUCAGUGCCACGUGUCAGAAUCCGAGUGGCUCAUGGACAAGCUAUGAUAUCCAGGUGUCCGCCUCUCUGUCAGAAUCCAAGGGCCAAUCAUCCAUCCCUUCUCCCUCUGACCCCUCUGACCCCUCCUGCCCCCCCUCUCCUCUCCCCCCCUCUGGUAGUUUCCUCACCUCGAUUGAAAUAUCCAACUCCCCGUUACCAUCACUAUCACCUUCUAUAAGCAGGCCUGAGCGCCCGUUUCAGUCACCUUCGGUUAGUGCGUUGAGUCCAUGGGGCAAGGAGAGGGGUGAUGAGAAGGAGAGGAGUGGGAGGGAGGGGGGGAGGGGUGAGGGGGCGAGUAGCGGAAUGGGAAGAUGGAACGGUGAGAGGGGGUUCUUAGCUAGGAGAGUGGCUAGUGGGAGCAGCAAGGAGGCAGAGAAUGACGACGAUGAGGAGGAGGUGGGGGAGGAUGGUUUUAAUUAUGUCAAUGACGAUGAUUUCCAAGAAGAUUCCCAGGAGAUGUGGGGAGGGGGGCCGGGGAGGGUGUUAUCAGCAGCACGCAGGGCAGAGGGGAGAGGGAGGAUCAUCAUCAUGGCGCACGGGAGGGGGCGAGGGAUUCGGAAGAAGGGGGUGCGGCCGGGGCAGCAGGACCAGCUUCCGGACGUGGCUAGGCUGAUCCGGCCACAAGCUCCCCUGAGGCUGAGCUAUGGCGUGAGUCCUGAGGCGCUGCGAGGGGUGAAGCUGAGGAAGGUGCGGGACGACGAGGAGAGUGAGGAGCGGUGGGAGGAGGAGAGGAGGAGGGAGGAGAGGAGGAAAGAGGAGAGGAGGAAGGAGGAGGAAAGGAAGAAGCUGCGUUCAAACAGGGCCAAUGGUGAUGGUCAGGUGGGAGGUAAGCAAGGGGGGGACAGGCAAGGGGGAGACAGGCAAGGGGGAGACAGGCUCACAGAUGGGGGCAGCACUCGGGAAGGGGUGCAGACCAGUUUGCGUGAAUCCACAGCCAGUAAUGCAUCAGUCUUUAACGUGUACAGUGGGGCAAGGGAAGGAUAUGGAGCCAGCAAGGCUCUUGGAGUGGAUCCCUCUGGGUCAGUCUCAACUGCAAGGCCAGCAGUGGAGUCCGAAAGUGAAGGUAACGGAGGGGUGGGUGUAGGUAGUAGCACUGGGGUCGGUGCAAGUGGGGGAGGUGGGUUGCCUGUUUGGGGGGGAAGGGCACGAAUGGUGUCACCUGGGAAGAUUAGGGGAGAAGCUGAAGGAGAGUCCGUUCCUGAGAAAUAGCACAUGUGAGUCAGGCACAGUGAAUGAAUAGUUGGGAGACAAUCUAUUAAAUAGGUGUAAGUGUACAAAUAGAUAUUAAAUAUGUAGCUUAGCCAUAUAUUAAUAUAAUGUUAUUGAAAGAUUCGGGGAAAAAAUCCAGAUAUAAGGGGAUUAGCCGUGUAUAGUAGUUGUAGGCUGUUUUUUCUUGUGUGGCUUUUGUGUUGGACUACCAUUGUCUUGGACUUUAG